UGCGCUGUGUUCCUCGAUCACAGCAGAUCACCGAUCAACAGAAAGAGUCGAAGAUGCCGGCUCAGUCAUGUGAUCAGCUGUGUCCAAUCACAGCUGAUCACAUGGCACAUGUACACUGAUCAUCAGAGCACUGAUGAUCAGUGUACCCUGAUGAUCUGUGUAGCCCCAGCUGUGCCACCUGUCAGUGUCCAUCAGUGCCAGCUCUCAGUGCUUAUCAGUGCCUCGUGCCAGUGCCCAUCAGUGCCACAUUUCAGUGCUCAUCAGUGCCACAUCAAUGCCACAUAUCAGUGCCCAUCUGAAAUGCCUUUCAGUGUCACCCAUCAGUGCCAGUCAGUGCCACCUAUCAAUGCCAGUCAGUGCCACCUAUCAGUGCUGCCAAUCAGUGCUACCUAUCAAUGCCAGUCAGUGCCGCCUAUCAGUGUGUUUCAGUGCCGCCUAUCAGUGCCCGUCAGUGCUUCCUAUCAGUGCAGCCUAACAGUG